AUGCCGUCCAACUCGACGACCACCAAGGUCGCACAGGCCGGCAUCCUAAGCGGCAAGAACCCAGCCGUGUAUGAUGCUAGCAACCCCAUUUUGGUGUUCAUUAUCCAGGCUGGCAUUAUCAUCAUUUUUUGCUGGCUUCUCCACUGGCCGCUUUCCAAAAUCCGCCAACCCCGCGUUAUUGCAGAAGUCAUCGGAGGUAUCCUUCUUGGCCCGUCGGUACUUGGCCAUAUACCGAAUUUCUCAAACACCAUUUUCCCUUCACAGUCAAUCCCGACAUUGAAUGCUGUCGCCAAUCUGGGAUUGAUAUUUUUCCUGUUCCUUGUAGGCCUGGAAACCGAUGUGAGGUUUUUAGUGAGUAACUGGCGGAUUGCCGCCAGCGUGUCACUACUGGGCAUGAUUCUACCCUUUGGGUUAGGGUGCGCCAUUUCUUAUGGCCUAUACAAUGACUUUGGCAAUGAUACGGGCACUGUUCCUGUCGAAUUUGGAACAUUUUUACUCUUUGUUGGUGUGGCUAUGGCCAUUACAGCCUUUCCAGUCCUUUGCCGCAUUUUAACCGAAUUGAAAUUGUUGAAUACCAAUGUAGGUGUGAUUGUCUUGUCAGCUGGAGUCGGAAAUGACGUGACUGGCUGGAUUCUGCUCGCUCUUUGCAUAGCCCUCGUCAAUGCCGGUAGCGGUAUCACGGCAUUGUGGGUGCUGCUGGUUGGUGUCGGCUAUAUAUUGUUCCUUUUCCUCGUGGUACGACCUGUUUUCGUGUGGUACCUGCGAAGAACUGGCAAUCUUGAAAAAGGCCCUAGCCAAUCAGCUGUUACAGUAACACUAUUGCUCGUCUUGGCGUCUGCGUUCUUCACUCAAGCCAUCGGCAUUCACGCCAUUUUUGGCGGAUUUGUUGUUGGGCUGAUCUGUCCACAUGAAAAGGGUUUUGCAAUUAGCUUGACGGAAAAGAUCGAGGAUCUAGUGGCUGCUGUCUUCCUGCCCUUGUAUUUUGCGUUAUCCGGUCUCCAGACAAACUUGGGUCUUUUGGAUUCUGGAAAGGUCUGGGGUUAUGUCAUUGGAAUCAUUGCUAUCGCCUUUUUCGCCAAGGUUAUCGGAGGAACCGUGGCCUCUAAGGUUACUGGUCUCCUAUGGCGGGAAAGUCUCACAGUUGGUGUGCUAAUGAGUUGCAAGGGGCUUGUCGAACUCAUUGUCUUGAACAUUGGUCGACAAGCUAAGAUCCUUAGCGAACGUACAUUUACCAUGUUUGUUGUCAUGGCUUUAGUGACUACGUUCAUGACAACACCACUCACCCUAGCCCUGUAUCCUAAAUGGUACCAAGACAAGGUUACCCGAUGGAGAAGAGGUGAAAUUAACUGGGAUGGCACUGUCCGAGAUCAAACCACAACAAUUUCAUCUAGUGAUGCUAUUGAGAAGCCAACCGCCAAGCCAAUUGAGCGGAUCACUGUCUACCUUCGCCUGGACAGUGUGGCUAAUGUUUGCACUUUCAUCGGACUUCUCGGUACCGACGGCAAACCAGCUGAGGUUACUCCACGAGAGCAUUAUUCCAAGCGAGCCCCAGCAAACGGUAUAGCAGAAUCUUCGAUUGAAAAUCAUCAUCUCGGCGAAUCCGAGAAAAAGCCACUGUUGCAUGCCCAUGGCAUCCGUCUGAUGGAGCUUUCUGAUCGAUUGUCUAGUACCAUGAAGGUUUCCGAAAUCGAAGAGUAUUCUGCCUGGGACCCGGUUGUAAACGUCUUUCGAUCAUUCGGCCAGAUCAACAAUAUCCCCUCAGAAGGACGUGUUUCGGUUAUUCCCGAAACUUCCUUCGCAGAUGCCGUGCUUGAUAUGGCUCGUGAUACCAACUCGAAUUUCCUCUUGCUACCGUGGAGUGCUAGUGGCCGUAUAAUUGACCGUCAGAGUGUGUGGUCCUCGGAGAGUGCAUCGGACAAUACAAAUGCGCCGUACCCAUCAUUCGUUGCGGAUGUUUUGCGUGGUGCCUCAAACACUUCUGUAGGCAUUCUCGUUGACCGAGCCUUGGAUAUGCCAAGUCAGGAACGCCAUACCCUGCGACGAGCGGCUAGCACCGUGUCCCUUCCUAACAUUCGGACCAAUCUUGCUUCUUUGACAGCAGGAAAUCGCAAUCAACAUAUCUUAUUCUUGUACAUUGGUGGCCCAGAUGACCGCUUUGCCUUACGCCUUGUCCUUCAACUCGCGCGCAAUCAGCUGGUGACUACAACGAUUAUUCAUAUUGAUGUCCCGAACCACCUAAGACCUAGCGAUUCCCAGACAGAACCGAGUGAAGCAGAGAUUGACAAAAUAUUCUUCGCUUCAAUGCGCGACUCCCUUUCAUCUGAGCUCUCCUCUCGCGUUGUAUUCAGUACCGUAUCUGGAGCAGCCACAGACUCCAAUGCAGUCAAACUGGCAGUUGACGCCGCCGAUAACGAAGCCAACCAAGCACGUGGCGAGACAAACCAGAUUAUUGUGGUUGGUCGUCGAAGUGUAGGUGGUGUCUCGUCGACGACUGAUACCAGCGAUAGACCUGAUACACGCUCAGUAUUGGGUGUGGUCGGUGACGCUCUUGUGCGUAAGGAGUCCAGGGCCAGUGUUUUGGUUGUGCAAGCGACUGGAUCUUAUUAGUUGUUACGACCAUUUAUCGGAUAUUCAUUAUUGAUAUUCAAAUUUCUAGACGUUGGAUAUAUGUUCAAUUUGUCAUCAAUUUCCUUGAGGUUAGAUCUCAACAUUUCUUGUCAUAAUUACAUUCAAUUUCUGCGUGAGUAACCUCUAGUGAUGAAAAUUGGACGUUUGACAUCUAU